AUAAAGGGGAAUCGAUCAUCGCGCUGGGUUCGAUUCCCGCAGAUGUGAGCGAGGAAAUGCUGCUGUCGGGUGAGUGUCACGCUAAGGGAGCGUCUUUAAAGAUCCGCGCAAGGAAAUAAACGUGAAGCUGCACAGCAGCAGUGAUCAGUGGAGCUGGAGGGAUGCCUGCAGCAGAGAGCAACCAUGCCCAGCAGGUCCUGUCCUCCCUGAACCAGCAGAGGGCGGUAGGCAGGUUCUGUGAUGCAGCGUUGAACGUGGGAGGGGGGCUGGUCUACCUCGCCCACCGCAACAUCCUGGCCUGUUUCAGUGACCUGUUCCAGCACCCCCCCAUGCCCGCCUCCCCGUGCAUGGAGCUCCACCUCCAGGAGUGUCCCAACGACGGCCUGGAGCUGCUGCUCAACUUCCUCUACACCGGGGAGCUGAAGCUGGAUCCUGAGAACCUGGACAAGGUGCAGCACGCGGCCGCCAGCCUGUGUGUGCCGGCCGCCCUUCUGCUCUGUGAGCGGUUCAAGGAAACGUCUGUGGAUCCUGCUGCUCCUCUCAAGCGUAAACGAGGCCGACCUCGAAAGACCCCGUCACACACGACCCCUCAGGGUCCGGUCAAAGACGAGAACCUGGUCGUGGUAACAAGAGAUGAUUCUGGGUUCGAUCCUGAACCAGCCACCACAACCACUGCGACCACCACCACCCGCUCUGGUCGUGUAGUGAAGGGCCCCAAGCGACUGGUGACUGAUGAGGUCCCCCCCACUGAUGUAACGGCCCCUGAAGUCCCCAGCACCAAGGCCCCACAUAUUCCUGCGGAGAAAGAAAGCGGUGACGUGGGAAAUCAAAAUCCAGAUCAGCCAAGUGUAGAAGCUGAGACAACCGAGCUGCAGAUUGACAUAAACGAGGACGAGGGUGUGAACCCGGUGCUGGAGGAGGAAGACGAGGACGGGGGGGAUUUCGAGGGUUCGGACGAGGAGUACGUUCCCGUGGCCGAGCCCCCCCCCUCAGGCUCGUCCACAUCGACGGCCCGGAGACGCAGGGCCCAGAGGAAGACGGAGACAGCUGAGAACGGCGAGGCCGCGGAGGACGACUCGAAGAAGGACUCGGUCCAGUGUCCCACCUGUGACAAAUCCUUCAAGAGCAAAUACUACCUCAAAGUCCACAACAGGCGACACACGGGCGAGCGGCCCUUCGGCUGCCUGAAAUGUGGGAAGAGGUACUUCAGGAAGGAGAAUCUCUUAAUACACGAGAUCAGAGAUUGUGCUCGAGUGCAGACGUACUCCUGCUCGACGUGCUCCGAGACCUUCGAAGGAAAAGAGCAGCUACGUCUACACAAUGUGUCGCACACCGGAGAAAUGCCCCACAAGUGCUCAUUGUGUGCUGAACAAUUCAUGUACAAGAAGAACCUGACGAUUCACAUGAUGAAGGUCCACGGUUACCCCAAACCACACGCUUGUCCACAGUGUCCCAAAACCUUCCUGACCCGGACGGAGCUGCGUGUCCACGAAGCAGCCAAACAUCGGGGGGAGAAGCCGUUCGUGUGCGAGGAGUGCGGCCAUCGAGCGUCCAGUCGGAACGGGCUGCAGAUGCACAUCAAGGCCAUUCACAGGAACGAGCGGCCGUUCGUCUGCACCCUGUGCGGCCACGCCUUCUCCCAGAAGAACAACCUCAACAUGCAUCUGCGGAUCCACAGCGGGGAGAAGCCGUUCCAGUGUCACCUCUGUGGGAAAACCUUCAGGACUCAAGCCAGUCUAGAUAAGCACCACCGGACGCACACCGGCGAGCGUCCCUUCGGCUGCGACGUCUGUGAGCAGCGGUUCACGGAGAAGGGCGCCCUCGUCCGCCACAAGGCCAGCAAGCACGAGGAGGGUCGACCCCACUGCUGCCAGAUCUGUGGCAAAACCUUCAAAGCGAGGGAGCAGCUCCGUGUUCAUCUGCGCCGCCACAAGGGCAUGAGGAAGUUUGAGUGCCUGGACUGCGGCUACAAGUUCACACGACAGGCUCAUCUGAGACGACACGUUCAAAUCCACAAGCGCACAGAGAACUACAACCCCCGCCAGAGGAAGCUGAGGAACCUGAUCGUGCAGGAUGUCGAUGGAAGUUCUGGUGAGAAGGAUUCAACAAAGACCGCGGGAGUGUCGCUGACCACCGAGCAGACGGAUCACAGCCCUGACCCCGGCGACCUCCAGGAAACCACAAACCAGGAGGCCGCCCCCUCGCCGGCAGGGGCAGGCCUCGGCUCCAGCUGCAUCAUGCGGGUGGUGAUCGAGUCCAGCGCCCCGGUGAUGGAGGAGCUGGUGUCAGAUCCGAACCUGGCACCGGUCGAGGCCGAGGAAAGUUUCUCGGUGGCAGAAGUCCUGCAGCCGACGCAGCUGGUCACCGAGGUGUUCGAGUCCACGGUGGACAUGGAGGGGAUCGUCCAGGACACGUCCGAGAGCAAGACAUGAGACCUGAAAGAGACUGGAGCCUUCAGAGGAUUCAGGUCAAUGAGAAGCACUGAGGAGAGGAAGCAGGUGGAGAAUCACAGCCGGACACUGCUACUGAAACGGCUGCUGAUGAGUCUCCAGUCGUGUGAGAGAAGAGAAGCAAACACAUUUCAUGCUCGUAGUAAUUUAUACAUAUUUAGGUGAACUGCAUGUUUGUUAAAACAGCUGGAAACCUCUGUUUGGUUUAAUUCAGCCUCCUCAUCCCAGUGAGCCCAAAGCAGCUGGACUCUGGAAACCAUAACAUAUCUUUAUCAGUCUUUAGAUUUGGGGAAUUUAGAUGAGAUGAUUAACAAUAAACAUGAUUUACCUUG